CAGGCUCGGCAGCAGCAACAACAGUGGCGGCAGCAGAGCAGCAGCAUGAGAGGGGGCGAUUUCCAAUUUUAUUUUUUUGGUAUUUCUUCCCUUCGUCCCGUUCCUUUCUUCCCCCACAUCGCCCCGCCGUCCCUUCACCCAUUCCCCCUCCUUCAUCUGCGAAGCACCUACUCUCACCAUCCCCAACAAGCAUACAGCCAGCACAAUGUCCUCAUCCCACGUCAGUGCCGCCGCCAGGGAGGCACAGGCCCAAGCAGCACUCCGCAACCUCCAGAACAAGAAGCCUGUCCCAGAGAUCGACUUUACAAUCCACACCAUGGACGAUGGCACCACAGCCUCGACUCUAGAGCGUUACAGCAAAGAGGUCCAGGCUCCUGCGGUCACCAUCCCGACAGACGAAAUGUUUUAUUCAAAGGAAUUCCCAGAUCGUCCGGAUAUCGCCUUCUUGAAGAAUCAUUUCUAUCGCGAGGGUCGCAUCUCUGAGGAGCAGGCGAUCUAUAUCCUCCAGAAGGGAACAGAAUUGUUGAGGAGAGAGCCCAACUUGCUGGAAGUCGAUGCACCCAUCACUGUGUGUGGCGAUAUCCAUGGACAAUAUUACGAUCUCAUGAAGCUGUUCGAAGUCGGCGGCAACCCCGCAGAUACCAGAUACCUCUUUUUAGGAGACUAUGUCGACAGAGGGUAUUUCUCUAUCGAGUGUGUGCUCUACUUGUGGUCGCUCAAGAUCUGGUACCCCGACACCCUGUUCUUGUUGCGCGGAAACCAUGAGUGCAGACAUCUGACUGAUUACUUUACGUUCAAGACCGAAUGCAAGCACAAAUAUUCCGAAAGAGUGUAUGACGCCUGCAUGGAGUCGUUCUGCACGCUGCCCCUUGCUGCUAUUAUGAACAAGCAAUUCCUUUGCAUUCACGGAGGUCUCUCACCCGAGCUCAACACCCUGGAUGAUUUGCGCCAGAUCAACCGGUUCAGGGAACCCCCCACUCAUGGACUGAUGUGUGAUUUGCUGUGGGCAGAUCCUCUCGAGGAGUUUGGUCAAGAAAAGACAUCUGAGUUCUUUAUCCACAACCACGUCCGUGGUUGCUCUUACUUUUUCAGUUACCAUGCAGCCUGCGCAUUCUUGGAAAAGAACAACCUGCUGUCGAUUAUUCGUGCUCACGAGGCACAGGAUGCUGGAUACCGCAUGUACCGCAAGACAAAGGCGACAGGAUUCCCCUCAGUCAUGACCAUUUUCUCGGCACCCAACUAUCUUGACGUUUACAACAACAAAGCCGCUGUGCUGAAAUAUGAGAACAACGUCAUGAACAUUCGUCAGUUCAAUGCGACACCUCACCCUUAUUGGCUGCCGAACUUCAUGGACGUAUUUACAUGGUCGCUGCCUUUUGUCGGUGAAAAAAUCACGGACAUGCUCCUGGCGAUUCUGAACACUUGUAGCAAGGAGGAGCUGGCAGAGGAUGACGUGAUCUUGAAUCUGACGGACGGUUCAGCAGGAGAGAUGGAUGUUGAUGCAACACUGGCGAUUUCAGAAAACGGCAAUGGCUCCGCCUCAUCAGGAGUGAACACGAAUGGGACGGAUAACGCGGCGGUUCAGGACGCAGAUAUGGUCGAUGUCUCGAAUGCGCGUGCAGAGAGGGACGCGAACAGGAACCGGAUCCGGCAAAAGAUUCUGGCGGUUGGUCGUCUGUCACGCGUGUUUGCAGUCCUCCGCAACGAGUCUGAGGCGGUGUCGGAGCUGAAGGACCUGAUGGGCACGACCAAGCUGCCCUAUGGAUCGUUGGCCCUGGGAGCCGAGGGACUGAAGAAGGCGAUCCAUUCGUUUGAGGAUGCUAAGCGAUCGGACAUGGACAACGAGAGACUGCCACCGACGAAGGAGGCGAAAACGAAGGAAGACAAGGAUAAGAUCAUGAAGGCGAUCGGGGAGGCGACACACACGCCUCAGUCUGAGCUGAAUGAGAUUGAUGCGAUGAAGAUGGCCGGUGUGUUCUAAGGAAUGGGGAGGGAGCGAAAGCCGAGAGAAGCUCUAGUCAAUUUUGGAAAACUGAUGAUCGAGGCACGACCUGUUGGCAAUGGGGGGAGGGAACGAGCAAGGGGCGGGGAGGGGUACAAGAGGGAACAAAAUGUAUUUCUCAA